AUGGCGGCGGCGGCCGCGGCCGCCUUCUGCUCAUCCAGCUGUGUGCCGCGCGCGGGCUUGGCAACGCUGAGGAGGUGGCGGAGUCUCUCUCGCCCCGUGCCCCGGGCCGCCUACAGCACCAGCAGCUCCCCUCGCAGCGCGGCCAGUGAUGAAGCAACCGUUAUCUCAGGGACAAAACUUGCUAACCAAGUUCUGAAAGAAGUUCAAAGGGAUGUAGAAUCCUGGGUAUCCCUUGGAAACAAGAGACCUCACCUGACUGUCAUACUAGUAGGAGACAACCCAGCUAGUCACAUCUAUGUCAGAAACAAGAUCAAAGCAGCUGCAGCUGUAGGUAUGUGUCACAUCGACGAGCGCGCCGUCUGCAACGCCAUCGCGCCCGGCAAGGACGUGGACGGCUUCCACAUCAUGAACGUCGGCCGCCUGUGCCUGGACCAGCCCUCCAUCAUCCCUGCCACUGCUGCUGCUGUCUGGGAGAUCAUCCAGCGGACUGGAAUACAAACGUUUGGAAAAAACGUUGUUGUAGUUGGAAGAUCUAAGAAUGUUGGAAUGCCAAUUUCAAUGCUUUUACACACUGAUGGAGAGCAUGAAAGGCCUGGAGGAGAUGCUACGGUGACCAUCACUCACAGAUACACCCCGAAAGAGCAGCUCAAGAUCCACACGCAGCUGGCUGACAUUGUCAUAGUGGCUGCAGGUAUCCCAAAGCUGAUUACUACUGAUAUGGUCAAAGAAGGUGCAGCUGUGAUCGAUGUAGGCAUCAACCAUAUCCAUGAUCCUCUUACAGGAAAGACCAAAUUAGUUGGGGACGUGGACUUUGAAGCAAUGGGGGCACUGAGCGAAGAGGCAGCUGUUACUGGUCCAUCCCUCAGCACAGACUUAUGGAAUAAUUGGACCAAAAACCACGCUGAAGCAGAUUACACAGAGCAGCCAAAGCUCUUGAAGCUGAUGCAGACCUGCCUUGAAGAGCACCACAGCUACUGCAUCAACGGGCUCUGUGCCUUCCACAGCGAGCUGAGGAAACCCAUCUGCAAGUGCCUGGCAGGUUACAAUGGAGAGAGGUGUGAGCACCUCACCCUCAACUCCUACGCACACAACUCCUACGAGCGCUACAUCGCCGUGGGCAUCGGGGUGGGCAUCCUCACCAGCGGGGUACUCGCCAUCAUCUACUGCUACGUCAGGAAAAGAUGCAGGAAAUUGAAAUCCCCCUACAAAGUCUGCAUGGGCGAGACAGCACUGUGA